GCGGGGCGGGCGGCGGCUCUCGCGAGAGCUGCGGCGCCGGACCCAACAUGGCGGAAGAGGAGGUGGCCAAGCUGGAAAAGCACCUGAUGCUCCUCCGCCAGGAGUAUGUGAAGCUGCAGAAGAAGCUGGUGGACACAGAGAGGAGGUGCAGCCUCCUGGCUGUGGAGGCCAACCAGGACAAUGCCAGCGACACCUUCAUCAGUCGGCUUCUCACCAUCGUGGCUGAGCUCUACCAGCAGGAGCAGUACAGUGAUCUGAAGAUAAAGGUUGGGGACAAGCACAUCAGAGCUCACAAAUUUGUCCUGGCGGCACGCAGCGACACGUGGAGCCUCGCCAACCUCGCCUCCACCGAGGAGCUGGAUCUGUCAGAGUCAACUAAACAUAAUGAAAAACAAAUCUGUUUGGAGGAACUUGACUUCUUCCUUUCUAAGGACAGGGCUUUAUGUGAAAAAGGAGUCAUGUCACUAGUUAAUGUCAGGAACUGCAUCCGUUUCUACCAGACUGCUGAGGAGCUGAGUGCCAGCACCCUCCUGAACUACUGUGCAGAGAUCAUUGCCAGUCACUGGGAUGACCUGCGUAAGGAAGAUUUCAGCAGCAUGAGUGCCCAGUUACUGUACAAAAUGUUCAAGUCCAAGACAGAAUAUCCUCUGCAUAAGGCUAUUAAAGUGGAGAGAGAAGAUGUGGUCUUUUUGUAUCUAAUAGAAAUGGAUUCACAGCUUCCUGGGAAGCUCAAUGAAUUGGAUCACAAUGGAGACCUUGCUCUGGAUCUGGCCCUGGCCCAAAGGCUGGAGGGCAUUGCCACUACCCUGGUCAACCACAAGGCUGACGUGGACAGGGCAGACACGAGAGGCUGGAGUCUGCUGCACAAAGCCAUCCAGAGGGGAGAUAAAUUUGCUGCAAACUUUCUCAUUAAGAACGGUGCCCGUGUGAAUGCUGCUACACUGGGGGACCAGGAGACCCCUCUGCACCUCGUGGCAUCCUACAGCCCCAAGAAGCACUCACCUGAUGUCAUGGCAGAGAUGGCACAGAUUGCAGAGUCCCUCCUGCAGGCAGGAGCCAACCCGAACAUGCAGGACAACAAAGGCAGGACCCCGUUACACGUGUCCAUCGUGGUCAGGAACGAGCCUGUGUUCAGUCAGCUGCUCCAGUGCAAGCAACUAGACUUGGAGCUGAAGGAUCAUGAAGGAAGCACAGCUCUGUGGCUUGCAGUUCAGUACAUCACUGUGUCGUCUGAUCAGUCUGUGAACCCCUUCGAGGAUGCCCCUGUUGUGAAUGGAACCUCCUUUGAUGAGAACAGUUUUGCAGCAAGGUUGAUCCAACGAGGCAGCAACACAGAUGCUCCAGACACAGUGACAGGAAACUGCUUGCUUCAGAGGGCAGCUGGUGCAGGAAAUGAGGCAGCUUCUCUCUUCCUAGCAACUCAUGGAGCAAAAGUCAACCACCAAAACAAACGGGGAGAAACCCCCCUGCACACAGCCUGCAGGCACGGCCUGGCAAACCUGACAGCAGAACUCCUGCAGCAAGGAGCCAAUCCCAACAUCCAGACAGCAGAAGCAGUGCUUGGGCAGAAGGAUGCAUCUGCUCCUCCAACAGCAGAGAAUGUUUAUCUGCAAACUCCCCUCCACAUGGCCAUUGCUUACAAUCACCCAGAUGUGGUGUCAGUCAUCCUGGAACAAAAAGCUAAUGCUCUUCAUGCCACCAACAACUUGCAAAUUAUUCCUGACUUCAGUCUGAAGGACUCAAGAGACCAGACUGUGCUGGGAUUGGCUCUUUGGACAGGCAUGCACACCAUAGCAGCUCAGCUGCUGGGAUCUGGGGCCUCCAUCAAUGACACCAUGUCAGAUGGACAGACUCUGCUGCACAUGGCAAUCCAGAGGCAGGACAGCAAGAGUGCCCUCUUCCUGCUGGAACAUCAGGCAGAUAUAAAUGUCAGGACACAGGACGGAGAGACAGCCCUGCAGUUGGCCAUCAAAAACCAGCUCCCUCUUGUGGUGGAUGCCAUUUGUACCAGGGGAGCAGACAUGUCCGUGCCAGAUGAGAAAGGAAAUCCUCCCCUGUGGCUUGCCUUGGAAAACAACCUGGAAGAUAUUGCAUCAACUCUGCUCGUGCCCUUUCUGCCACAGGUUGACAACAAAGGCCGGAAUUUCCUCCAUGUGGCUGUUCAGAACUCAGACAUCGAGAGUGUGCUGUUCCUGAUCAGUGUCCAGGCAAAUGUGAACUCCAGGGUCCAGGAUGCCUCCAAACUGACCCCUCUCCACCUGGCAGUCCAGGCUGGCUCCGAGAUCAUCGUGCGCAAUCUGCUGCUGGCAGGGGCCCAGGUGAACGAGCUGACCAAGCACCGUCAGACUGCCCUUCACUUGGCAGCACAGCAGGACCUGCCCACCAUUUGCUCAGUCCUUCUGGAGAAUGGAGUGGACUUUGCAGCUGUAGAUGAAAAUGGAAAUAACGCUCUUCAUCUGGCAGUGAUGCACGGCCGGCUGAACAACAUCCGGGUCCUCCUCACAGAGUGCAAUGUGGAUGCAGAAGCCUUUAAUAUCAGAGGCCAGUCACCAAUGCAUAUUUUGGGACAAUAUGGGAAAGAUAAUGCAGCAGCCAUCUGUGACCUCUUCUUGGAGUGUAUGCCAGAGUACCCUCUAGACAAACCUGAUGCUGAAGGAAACACAGUGCUGCUCUUGGCUUACAUGAAGGGAAAUGCCAACUUGUGUCGUGCAAUAGUGAGAGCUGGAGCUCGGCUUGGAGUCAACAACAACCAGGGAGUCAACAUCUUCAACUACCAAGUUGCUACAAAACAGCUUCUCUUUAGGCUGCUGGAUAUGCUGACAAAAGAACCUCCCUGGUGUGAUGGCUCCAACUGCUACGAAUGCACUGCCAAAUUUGGAGUCACGACAAGAAAACAUCACUGCCGACACUGUGGACGCCUGCUCUGCCAUAAGUGCUCAACAAAGGAGAUUCCCAUCAUAAAAUUUGAUCUGAACAAGCCAGUCCGAGUUUGCAACAUCUGCUUUGAUGUCCUGACUCUGGGAGGAGUCUCCUAGUAUGCUGUGGAAGUAAAGGGAUUCCCAGUCAGUGCUCCUGACAGCAGCUCUGCUUACAAGCCCUCUGGAUAGGGAAGAGGAGGCCUAUACAUGUCUUCUGCAAUAGACUGAACUAAUUAAGGACCCUGUUAUGAUAUACUCUGGUAUAAAUGACUUUGUAUGACUGUAAAUGUAUCAGGCUGUGAUAGACUUCACUAGGAAUUCGAGUGGAUCGUGGCAACCAAGUGACAAAAGAACUUAGACCCUCUUCUAGUUGCAGUGGGGUAUGGAAGCUGAAAUUUAGACUGUUUGAAUCGAUGCAAAACAGGUCUGUCCUUGACAUGGUGCUUUGCACUGAGCAACUCUAUUAAGUCCUGUGGCUUUCAGGCUGCUUAGUAGAGAUGGCAUUAAGUUUCAGGGUAACCAGGUAUCUUUCUUUGCUUUGUCUUAAAGAUAAAUGUUCCCCUUCUCUAGAGAAGACUUCUUGUGAAGCUAAACUGAGCUGUUGCAACCACUGUUCAUUUCAAGAAACUCUUCAAACCCGGGGUAGUUCUAAGUAUAGCUCAAGAAUUGUGGCCUUACAACAGAAAGCUUUACACCAUCUGAUGCGAAGCAGUCAGAAUUGCAGACCCACAUCUUGAUACCUCCUCAGCAAAGUCUCAUCAGCUUUAGCAUGUUCAGAAGUGCAGGAUUGCUUUAGGCAGUAAAUGCUCUUGCUCAUCCCUGCUAGAACUGUCAGUCUUUGUUGCACUUUCAUUUUUACGUCGCUGGUCCUGCCAGUCCGGGGAACUUGUGCAAAUGGCUGAGUUUGCUGAAAGGCCUGAGCAUGUGCUAAAGGAGAAACACUAAACCUGGGCAAGUCAAACUCACAGUACAGCAAUAAAUGCUGAAGUGCAUUAGGAAUCCCGUGAGGGGGACAGUAGCACUUUGCUUGGUUUACAGAGCCUGGUGACUGCUGGGGGAGAGCCAGGAGCCCUGCCAGUGUAGAAUGUGCUGCACCUCGAGACACUAAAUUUGGGUCCAUUUUCAGCAGGAUUGCUGGUGAGUGGGACUGUAUGUGGAGGCUUCCUAUUAGGAGUAAGCUGCAGUAUUUUAAUCUAGGCUGGUCAUGCUCUUUUAAACAUGGUUGAUCCGUGAAAACCCAUCACCACGUUGUGCAGGUAGACGGGAAGGGACUUUCCCGGUAGACCAAGUUGUGAUUUGAUGGCCAAAGGCUUCAGUUAGGAAAAAUGGGUACUUAAGCAAAACUACAUGCCAUGUUAAGGCUGUUUUUAUCCCAAGAGAUGAACGUAGUUUAGACUCAGCCCAGCAUUCCUCAUCUGUGCUCCAUGAACUGGUGUGCAUUGAUGUAAUGACUGUUAUUUCCAGUGAACACAUGGACAGUUGGUGACAGUGACUUGUCAGUCUUAAAGAGUCAGAUGAGAUGAUAAACCAGACUGCUGCUGUAGGGGAGACUUGCUUGAGGUUGUUCUCAAACUUGUCCAAGGAGAGGAGAGGAGAGGGUGUAACUGCUGACGUUUGCACAAUGAAUUUCACGUCAAGUCUCACUUGAUCUGCACUUUGAUCUCCCAAUAUGCACAUGUUGUAACUGGAAUCACCCCUGUAACACUAGGAAGAGUAAUGGGUGACAAUACAAACUUGUCUCACUGUUUGAUGUCUGCUGCUGUCCUGUUCCAACAGAAUGCCCUGGGUAACACAGCUGGUCUCUUAACACAGUUACUAAUCCAAAUGGUGCAUCUCUGGCAUGAUAUUGUAAGUGAAUGUGGGACUACAGUGGUGUCAGUUAAUGUUGGUGACUGAACUAAUGGUGUCAGUCAACUGCAAGCUACAGUCUGGGUUCUUUGAAAUAGGUGAUGGCAAACAUUGUACUUUUAGUCCAUUGCUUUCUGACGUUUCAGGGUGUCACUGGCUUUAAGUCUGUAGCAGUGAAAGUUAAUGUGGAGAGAGUGAAUUUGGUGAAAGAAUCCUGCCUGUAGUGUGUCCCAUGGGAACACGUUGACUUCCUUCUUGGUUUGGAGCUGCAGAGCUGUGGAGGGGUAAGUGUGUGCUCAGAAUGCUUCCAGACACUGGUAGCACUGGUAGAGGAGUGGUUUUCCAAGGCCACAGCCUAUGGACUUCAACUCAGUUGGAAAACUGCACAACAUGUAAGUGCUAAAGCAUUGAAACAUCACUUUUUCAGUGACUUCUCUGGAAGGGGCAAAGGAACAGGGAGCUCAGCUCUAAUAGAAUAAGCAAGCUUUUAACUGAUGGAAAAGUGUGGAUGUGGUGAAAACUCAACUGAAUGGCAAGUUUAAGGCUGGCUAGUUGCUCUUUUAGAAAGUAGAAUAUUAACUAAAACUGUGUAAAACUCUGAAAGAUUUGGGAAACCAUCUGUAGUGUUCCUGUUUUGCUGUUUACAGCUAGUACUGUCCCAGCUUUCUUACUGAAGUCUGAAAUGACAGUUAAGGUUAUUGAUAAAUGUACAGUCUGAAGUGUUCAUUAAAGCAACUAAAUUCAGCAAAUUUGAUCAUUUUAAAGUGCCUUUGAGAUAGUUUCCUUCCAGCCAACUCUGAAUAGCUUUCUGCCAGAGCUAAAGGGGAAAAGCUCAACAACUUAAACCAAAACCCAAGUCAGUUCUUUUCUAGUUCAGCUGAGGAGGUUGACCCCACCAACAAGUGGUGGGACUCAGCCCAUCACACACUCUGCCUAGUACUGGUCUGGGCUCUCAGACCUCUGAGGCUUUUUGGGAGUUUUGCUGGCAAUGCUCCACUGCAGGGUACAAAUGUGAACGAGGCACUUGGUAACACAGUGGUGGUCAACACAUUUCGAACUCUAAACAACUGCUCUUCCCUUUUUGUAGCAUUAUACAGUGGUGACCAAACCCCCCACCCCCUUCCCCCUGCUGUCUUUUAGUGGUAUCUAUUAACUUCAGACUCAAGUCUGCCAAGCAUUGAACAAAAGGGUAAAUGGAGAACACAGUGGUGUCCCUGGAAGUGCUGCUGCCACACCAGGCUCCAGGCACUUCAGCAGGGCUGCCUGGGAAGUCUGGGUGGUUCGUGCUGUAGCUUUUUGUUCUGAGACUGGAUUCCUUUUGAUUGCAGUCACCCAGCACUCUUACACAAGCACAAAAUGUGGUCUGAGAUUUUGUGUCUCUGUACAAGGUGCAGUCACCGUUUCACACCACUGAGUGGAGUGAGAAGGUCAGUGUUCAAGGUACUCCAGAGUAAGUUGCUGGCUAAAAGCUGACAUGCCUUAAUGACUUCCUGUGCUGGAGAUUAACAGCUUGUACAACUGCUCAGUAGUGCUUCUAAACUAACAUGGAACAGUAUGGGAGGCCAAGGCUGGAUUGUUCUGUAGAUCAAAUGUUAAUAGGCAAGUCCUCUCUUUUCUGUAACCAGCAGAGGUGGGUACUGCAGCAAACUUGUCUCUAGAAAAAUCAAAGCUUGUACGAGUGACAGAAGUAACUCUGAACCUUCUAAUACCCUCUGUGAAAUAGAAAAGGAAGUCUUAGAACAAUGGCAUUUUAUCUGCAAUGUUUGUCUGGAGUCAUUGUAAAAAUGUAUUUUUCCAAUAUGCAUUACUUUGUUGUGUAAUGAUUCUACUUGUAAUAAAAUGCAGAACUAGACGAUG